AAUGCACCUCCCAAUGCUAGUAUAUACAAAGAAUCAUAGUCCCGAAGCUAACUUACAAAAGCUUUCAAUUUCAACAGCGUCACGGCAAACGUCACAUCUUCAAUCUCAAUCAAUAAAAUCCUUCAAUACUGUCCACAAUUUCAGCAUACACAAACUUCAUAGCUCAAAGCUUUAACAUGGCUCAGCCCCAAAUCCUCUUGGUAACAUUUCCUUCUCAAGGCCUCAUCAACCCUUCUCUUCAAUUCGCCAAGAAACUAAUAGGCAAUGGCUUCCACGUCACUUUCAUGACUGCCGUCUCUGCCUUCAACCGCAUGAACAAAACCAAUUCCCCUCCUAAGGGCUUGUCGUAUGCCACUUUCUCCGAUGGUUACGACCAAGGGUUUAACUUUGGUACCGACGAUGUCAGCCAUUAUAUGGUUGAGAUCAAGCGUUGCGGUUCUCAGACCUUGAGAGAGUUCAUUGCUCGAAGUAUCAAUCAAGGCACACGGUUCGCUUGUAUUGUUUAUUGCACUCUUGUUCCUUGGGCGGCUGCGGUGGCUCGUGAAUUUCACAUUCCGACCACCUUCCUUUGGAAUCAACCUGCUACUGUUUUGAGCAUCUAUUAUCACUACUUCAAAGGCUAUGAAGAUGUCAUUGAAAAUGGUAUCAACGAGGGAUCGUCUGUGAUGGAACUUCCGGGUUUGCCAUUGCUUACUCGCCAUGAUUUGCCUUCCUUUCUCAUUCCCUCGAAUCCUUAUGCUUUCACGCUCCUGGAGUUUAAAGAGCAUAUGGAGAUUCCUGACCAAGAAGUGAACCCAAGAGUUUUGGUCAACACUGUUGAUGCAUUAGAAGCUGAUGUUAUAGCAGCUAUGAACAAGUAUCAUGUAGUGGGGAUUGGACCGUUAAUGCCAUCUGCUUUUGUGGAUGAAAAAAACCCUUAUGAAACCUCCUUUGGUGGAGACCUUUUCCAGGUUAAAAAGGAGUAUAAAGAAAUGGAAUGGUUUAACUCUAAGCCUGAAAGCUCAGUCAUUUAUGUAUCGUUUGGAAGCCUUUCUGUCUUGGCGAAACCACAAAUGGAAGAAAUAGCAAAAGGGUUGCUUGAAAGUGGGCGUCCAUUUUUGUGGGUGAUAAGGGAGACUAGAGGAGAACAGAAAGAAGAGGAUCAUGAGGGAUUGAGUUGUGAGAAAGAAUUGGAAAAGCAAGGGAUGACAGUGCCAUGGUGUUCACAAGUAGAAGUUCUUUCCCAUCCAUCUGUUGGAUGUUUCCUGACGCAUUGCGGAUGGAACUCAACGUUUGAAAGCUUGGUUUCAGGGGUUCCAAUGGUGACAUUUCCUCAAUGGACAGAUCAACCAACCAAUGCAAAGCUUGUCCAGGAUGUGUGGAAGACAGGGGUGAGGAUGAGAAAGAAUGAAGAAGGAAUAGUUGAAGGUUGCGAGAUAAAGAGAUGCUUGGAAUUGGUGAUAGGGGGUGGGGAGAGAGGAGAAGAAAUGAGAAGGAAUGCCAAGAAAUGGAAACACUUGGCGAGAGAAGCUGCAAAGGAAAAUGGAUCAUCUGAUAAGAACCUGAAAGCUUUCAUGGAAGAGCUUAACGGUUGCUAAACUUGGUAUUGGUAGUGCUCUAUGGUUAACAGCUCUUUUCCUUUGUCUUUAUCUCUCUGGGGUUAGCAUUUGCUUUUUUCCACCUAUAUUUUCGUUCCGGCAAGAUGUACGUCACAUUUGUCAAUCGGAAUUUAUAUCUAUCAUUCUUAUUUUAUGGCAUCGGCAUGGCAAAAUCACAAAGAAGCUUACCCUAAUAUAUCCCACAUUUAGGACAGGACUCGCACAAAUAUGAAGUUCGAGUAAGGAUGAGUAAUCGAUCAUAUCAAUUUGAAAAAAUUAAUAAUUAAUUUAAUCAUUUUUCAUUUUUCAAAUAAUUGAACCGAUCAAAAAUUUUUAAAUAAUCAACUAUAACCGAAUCAACUGAAGUUAAUUCGAUUCGAUCAAUUCAAUCAAAUAUUUUUAAAGAACACAGAGAAGAGACAAAGUAAAUAAAAAUUUAAACAAUCCAGCAUCAUC